UUGAAAAAGCCUGGCAACGAACUGUGCGGGGUGUCGUUGGGUAACGGAUGCCGUUCAGUCCUGGGUACCGACUCGUAUGCAUGCCAAUGUCAUGGUAUCUGGCAUAUUGACAUCCGGUUGAAUGAGGAUAAUUGCCAACUGAGGCUGGAUUCUGUCAGUGACUACGAGCAAUUGGACGGGACUUCUGACAGCAAAUUGUUGCCAGCUGACGGGCAGGUCAACCUAGAGAGUGAAAAAGAAGAUUCGAAUGCCACAAGCCGACGAAUAGACAUACAUCAACUAGACUUGAUCAUGAAGAAGAAGAUUGAUUCUUAUCAGCCAAACUGCCAGCACAAGUCGCUUGUCCUUACUUCUAUCGACAAGACGCAAUACUCUUGUGUCUGUCCAACUGGUCCCACCGGCUAUAAGCUUUAUGAGGGCAAGUUAAUUAAUUGUCGCUGA